AUGAAUACCAACGAUGCCAAGGAGUACCUCGCCCGGCGGGAGAUCCCUCAGCUGUUUGAGAGCCUGCUGACAGGUCUGAUGUACUACCGGCCCGACGACCCCAUCGACUACCUGGAGGUCUGUCUGCAGAAAGUCAGGGAGCUGGGGGGGGCGGACAAGGUGCGGUGGGACACCUUCGUGGGCCAGGAGAAGAAGUCCCUUCCUCCGCUCAACGGGGGCCAAUCACGCAGGUCCCUCUUCAGAAACGUGUUGCCCGACAGUCCCAACUUCCCCUACAGACGCUACGACCGCCUCCCCCCCAUCAGCCAGUUCUCCAUCGAGAGCGACUCGGACCUGUCGGAGACGGCGGAGCUCAUCGAGGAGUACGAGGUGUUCGACCCGUCGAGACCACGGCCCAAAAUCAUCCUGGUCAUCGGUGGCCCUGGCAGCGGCAAGGGAACACAGAGCCUGAAGAUCGCCGAGCGCUACGGCUUCGUGUACGUGUCGGUGGGCGAGCUGCUGAGGAAGAAGAUGAUCCACAACGCCACCAGCAACAGGAAGUGGAGCCUGAUUGCAAAAAUCAUCACCAAUGGCGAGCUGGCACCGCAGGAGACAACGAUAACUGAGAUCAAGCAGAAGAUCAUGAAGAUCCCGGACGCUCACGGUAUCGUCAUAGACGGCUUCCCUCGAGACGUGGGACAGGCCUUGUCCUUCGAGGACCAGAUAUGCACCCCCGACCUGGUGGUGUUCCUGUCCUGCACCAACACCCGUUUGAAGGAGCGGCUGCAGAAGCGAGCGGAGCAGCAGGGCCGACCGGACGACAACCCCAAGGCCAUCGACCGCCGGCUGACCAACUUCAAACAGAACACCAUUCCUCUGGUGAAGUACUUCCAGGAGAGAGGCCUUAUUGUCACGUUGGAUGCCGACCGAGAUGAAGAGGAGGUUUUCUGUGACAUCGGCACGACUGUGGACAACAAGUUGUUUCCUUCCAACGAGCCGGGAGCUGGUCCCAGUGAGCUGGACCUCAGUCUGAUGGGUGACAUCAGCAGCCUGGCAGAUGUUGCUUGCAAAUACACUGAGCUGGAAGAGGAGGAAGACGUGGAUUUUGAUGAAGGAGCGGCCGACAGUUAUAGCACAGAACACAGGAAACCAAAGGUCAUCUUCAUGAUUGGUGGUCCAGGAUCAGGGAAGUCGGUCCAGUGCCAGCGGAUGGAGGAACGGUUGGGUCUGCGUCACAUGACCCUGGGUGACCUGCUGUGUGCCGAGCUGCAGACUCGCAGCGGGAGAGGACGCCACCUGCAGGACGUCCUGGAGAGAGGAGAGCAGCUGCCCAAGGACGUUCUGCUGGAGCUUCUGUGUGAAGCGGUGGCGUCGGCAGGGCAGCAGCGGCCGGGGAAAGGUCUCGUGAUCUCCAGCUUUCCCAGAGACCUGAGACAAGCGGAGGAGUACGAAGCAAAGAUGGGUGAACCAGGUGCCGUGCUCCUGCUCACCUGCUCCCCCGACACCAUGUCCAGUCGGGUGCGGUGCCGCGGCACGUCCAGCUCCGGCCUCCAUCCCGGCUCAGAGAGAGAGGACGCCACACAGUGGGCGACCGACAGCUUCUGCAACCACAGCCAGGCGGUGGCGGCUCACUACCAACACAAGAGGCUCCUGCACACGGUCGAUGGCGAGCGGUCGCCGGAUGAAGUGUUCGCUCAGAUCCUCCAGGCGAUAGACUCCUCCUCCUCCACCGUCUGA